ACCCACCACCAGGCUAACCCAUCCUCCCACCCCCCUCCCCUCUAGAACCCUCAGUUUGUUUUUCAGAGUCAAAAGUACAGUUUAAAUGCAACUAUUUGUUUGUUUUUAAGACCAGAAAGAAUGAUUACUGAAACUUGAAAAGUUUUGUUUUCUUAAGAGUACACUUAGGAUGAUGAGCCCUGUCUUGUACCCCUGAAACUGACGGAACACUACGUUAACUAUACUGGAGUUAAGAUGAAUAAAUGAAUAGUUUUGUUUUCAUCCGCAUUCAUCACGAAACCCGCUGUGUGCGGCUUUCUGUUAUCAGUGCUGAGCGGUUCUGAUCUUCUGACCCCUCUGCAGACCUGCAACACGGAUUCCCGCCGCCGCCAACGUAAGAACUAGAAGUGCCUCCGAAAUCAGCAGAGAAAGUUAAACCCUAGUGCGCACGUUCGGGUGGUAGGGGCUCCGAUGCUUCGGAGAUACGGGAGCUAAGCUCGCGGCGUGCGGGGCAGCCGUGCGCCAGACCAGAGCCCGCCGGGGUGUUUUGCAACCGCUCUCUUUGUGGUCUUACCCUAAUCAGGCUGUCCGGUGGCAUUCUCUUCUAGCUGGAAUUUGAGAAGUCCCAGGUGAAAAAGUUCGAGAAAGAGCAGAAGAAGCUGUCCAGUCAGCUGGAGGAGGAGCGCUGCCGUCACAAGCAGCUGUCGUCCCUGCUGGCGCUCGAGUGCAGGAAAGCCACGGGCAAGGCGGCCGAGGAGGGGCAGAAGGCCGGCGAGCUGAGCCUGAAGCUGGAGAAGGAGAAGAGCCGCGCGAGUAAGCUCGAGGAGGAACUGGCGGCCGAGAGGAGGCGGGGCUUGCAGACCGAGGCGCAGGUGGAGAAGCAGCUGUCCGAGUUCGACAUCGAGCGAGAACAACUGAGGGCAAAACUGAACCGAGAAGAGAACCGGACCAAAACCCUGAAGGAAGAGAUGGAAAGCCUAAAGAAGAUAGUGAAGGCUCUGGAGGCUUCUCACCUGCACAGUAGCCCUCCUGAGCAAGCGAGGAGGCCGGUGACCGUGUCGAAAGGCACGGUGACUGAGCCUCCCGCGCUGGUGUCUGUGUUCUGCCAAACGGAGAGAAGCCAGGGGAGCAGCGCAGCCAAGGUGAGCGCCGCCGGGCCGCCUGGUCCCGCCACACCUGCUUACUCGUUCGCAAAAACCAACGGCCAUUUGGAGCCAGAGGUACAGACUGCCAAGGAGCUGGUGGUAGGCAGCAGCGGCGAAAACCAAGUGCCUCCUCGAGAGAGGCCUGUGGGGUCGGCCCAAGAGAAAGCGGUGGAGAACGGCGGGUGUCCUGUGGGAAUCGAGACUCCUGGCCCAGCACCUGCUCACCUCCCGUCCAGUGGGGGCUCCCUGUCUCCCAGCAGCACGGCCUCCUCCUCCCUCACAUCCUCUCCUUGCUCCUCCCCAGUGUUGACUAAGCGCCUGCUGGGGUCCUCAGCCAGCAGCCCCGGCUACCAGUCAUCCUACCAAGUGGGGAUCAACCAGCGGUUCCAGGCGGCUCGGCACAAAUUUCAGUCCCAAGCGGAUCAGGACCAGCAGGCCAGUGGUGUGCAGAGCCCCCCAUCCAGGGACCUGUCGCCCACCCUCAUAGACAACUCUGCCGCCAAGCAGCUGGCCCGCAACACCGUCACUCAGGUGCUCUCCAGAUUCACUAGCCAGCAAGGGCCAAUCAAGCCUGUCUCCCCCAACAGCUCUCCCUUUGGCACAGACUAUCGGAAUCUGGCCAACACUGCCAGCCCAAGAGGCGACACCAGCCAUUCCCCCACUCCAGGGAAAGUGUCCAGUCCGCUGAGCCCUCUGUCUCCAGGGAUCAAGUCCCCCACCAUCCCCAGGGCUGAGAGAGGAAACCCUCCACCCAUCCCACCCAAAAAGCCUGGCCUCACCCCUUCUCCAUCCACCACCACUCCACUGACCAAAACUCAUUCCCAGGCCUCCUCUUUGGCCACCACGGAAGACCUAGCCGUCAGCUGCUCUUCCACGGCUGUCGUGGCUAACGGCAAGGACGUGGAGAUACUCCUGCCUACCAGCAGCUAGUCCCUCGCGGGAGUUUCCACGGCUGACAUUCCACCAGAUUUCGUCCAAGAGCUCGGAGUCCAACCGUUGAGUCAGAUCAUGUUAUUUAUUUUGACAGUAGCUGAAACCAUCCGUAGAGUCCAUUUAGUGUAUUUCGCCUUUUUGUAUUUUUUUUAAGUAGAAACUGAGUCGUUUGGCUUUUUAUGCCUCACACCUUUGUACUGAAGCUGGAAGGGCACCUCAAAGACAUCUCAAGCUCAGCAGUCACCAUCUCGUUGUGAUGGAGAAAGCUAAUUGAGGACCAGGUGGUGAUUUGCUGUCUAUUUUGGGACUGGAAUCGCUCAACACUCAUUGUGAAUUAUGCAGAAGUGGUUCGUGCAGAUUUUUAUUCCAGAUGAACAUGUCUCAAAAGUGCCUGAAAUAAGACUGCCAUGCGAAUGUGAUUCUGCAGCGAAAACACAAAAUGGAUCAUCUAAUUGCAGAAAAUGAGAUCCUCUGUGAAUCCUGAAUGUUAAAAAAACAACACUGCUUUUAAACCUCUUUUACUGUUUUUAAUACAAGCUUUGGGUUCAGAAACAAGGCUGCGUCAGAAGGGGAAUCCAAAGGUGGGUGUGACCUCACCACUGAGCUGAGCUCUAUAGAGCCCUUGAGAAGCCCUCCCGGGCAGGAGGCAGUGGGGGGUGCUGAUUUCCUCGUACUUCUGAAAAAUUAAGUCACUCCCAGUUUCCCGCAGCAGUCCUUGAAUAGAAUGAAAUCACAUCUCCAUUCAAAAAAUAUCUUCAGGCGUUACUGUUGUGUAAGGAACUUCUGAUUCCAAUUGCUAUUACUUGAAUAGGAAAUGGUUACUCGUUCUGUAUAAAAAGUUUUGCAACAGGAUGAGAUCUUUAUUAUGUAAUCAAAAAGCAAUAACUUAAGCUCAUUGUCUCUGUAAUAUUAUAAGUCAGAAUUAUAUAGGUUUUACCAAAUUGUUACACUUACUCUCGGAGCUGCCAGCACUUGGUGUAUCUGUGCAACCAAAUUAACUUUUCCCUAAAUGGAAGUAUACAUAGAUCUGUAUAGAUACACAGCCCUUUGCGUGUCUGACACACACACACUUAAACACAUAAAUAUUAGUGUGAUUGUAUCUUUGGAGUUUGCAAUAGAGCGUAAAGGGUGAGUAGAAAUGCACAUUAAGAUUACCUAACAGCAACUCAGUGUGGCUGGGACCCAGUCGGUCAAAGGAGGAAUCUUGUCCAUGGGGAUGGGGGGCGGAAAUUCCAGAUGAAGUCAGGUCGUCAGCGUCCUAAAAUGCCAGGGCCAAAAACCGCAGUGUCACAAAACUCAACUGGCCAUCUAAAUGACUGAAACAGGUCACUCAAUCAAGUGCUGUAAGUCAGCUGGGAUGGGGGAAGGCCUAGCAAACUGAAGUGCCUGAGCCCCCUCUGAUAGGCAAGGGCCCCUGCUGUUCAGCCCCAGCUGCUUGUUGCCAUGCAGUAGUGCUAGACCAGGUUACCAGCUCCUCAAAUUCUUGUGAAAUCCAAAUUUUCAUAGAAACAUUCUCACUUUUAAAUAUCAAAACAGACUCAAAAACAAUUUGAAACUGCUGGUUAAACACUUCUGCAGCUGGGUCUAGCUCACAAGCUGCCAAGUUGCAACGUCUUUCAUUCUAGAAACUUCUGUCAUUUCCAUCAUUGUGAGUUUGUGAGGCCAGACACCUCCCCUCUUUCCAACGUGUAGGCUAGUACAGCUGACAAAGGCCAUAGGAUAUAAGGACGAUCCCCAUCUUCCAAACAAGACUCUGCAACCCAGCUCAGACAAGGUAGUUCUAGGACUUUGUGUCCACAGGGAUGGAGAGGCCUUGGUGUCCUCUCAUACAUUCUUCCUAGCCAACACCUACCCAGCAGCCCUGUCCUCCUGCUGUAAUUUAAAUCUGUUUUCUCUUAAUCCAGUAUGAAUUGAUGGGGGACGGGCCGGUGAUGGAGAUCAAUGUAUAAAUCACAAUUGGUGUCUCCAGGGCUUAGGGUUUGAUUAAGGCCAAUACAUCAAAAAUUAAAAUACUCCUCAUGCCCCAGGAUGUCUACCAAAUGGUGAACGGGGUAUCUCAUAAACUGCCCAAAGCAAUCAUGCAUUAAACUUCAUUCCCGCGCACGGCCAAAUGAAGUGAUAAAAUAGCUGACCUUCCUAAACAGGAGAGGGGCUACGGUCCCAGAGUGUUAUUACCUCUCUUGCUUUAAACGGUAAUCUUAAAAUUUGCAUUGUACUCUUCCCUUUGUUUCGGCAUAGAUACAUAGAGAGAGAGAGAGAGAGAUACUAUAAGGAUGUUUAUUUCUUAGGAAGUGCACUGAAUAAUGUAUUUCUUUUACAGUGUAAUAUGGGGGUGGGGAGAUGCAAAAGAAAUGUGUAUUUUUGCUAGUUGCCUAUCUUCUAAGAUAAAUAAGCACAAUACUGCAAUGGAUCCAAUAAUCCAGCUAGGUAUUAUAGAUUGGUAUUUAAGUUUGCUGUAGAUCGUGUGUGUGUGCUAAGUAAAAGUUCCACGAUUCACAAUUUUGGUACUAACCCAUGUUGUGGAUGCUAGAUGGCUAGUCACCAGGUGCCGAUGGAUGCGCAGUGCAUACCACAAGCAUUAACUAGUCAUUCUCAUUUGUAAAGCCCAAUGUGCCAUGCAGAAGUCUUCAUCCAUUUUUAUAGCAGACUACAUUAAAACAAGUUAAAUCAUA